GCCUAAGAAGACACUUCUGAAUAACUAGACAAAAGUUGAAACAUUAAAAAUGAUACCAACUGCAAUGAAUGUCAUUGAAUAGGUCACUUGUAUAUGUAUCUGCACACUCUCAGCAGGACACAUUCAUGAAGGAUGAAGCAGAAGAAUUCUCCACAAAACUAAUACGUGAGAAACACUCAUUGAAACUGUGUAUAGAAUGGGCUCCAAUACAACUCUUCUUCACUCCACCUCCCAAAUCUUAACUACAGUGGACAUUUUCUUCUACACCAUCAUCGUUCUCCUUGGCACCACGGGGAACUCUUUGGUCAUCUGGGUGGCUGGCUUCCGGCUGAAGCCCAGUGUCAACAAUGUAUGGUUGGUCAACCUCGCUGUAGCUGACCUGAUCUUCUGCUUGACACGAAUCACCUCACUCACCAAAAUAAUCUUCUUUGAUCACUGGCCUUUUGGAGUGUUUCUCUGCAAGUUCAAUGGCUUCUUUAAGUAUGCCAACAUGUUCUGCAGUGUCUUUCUUCUGGCUGUCAUCAGUGUGGAUCGAAUGCUCUGUGUGUGGCACCCAGUGUUCACCAGGGAAAGACGGACAUUACGUGCUGCCCGUGUGGUCAGUUUAGGAGUUUGGAUUGUGGCGCUCAUCCUCAGUUCACCAUACUUCAUGUACCGACAGGUUUUUCCCGGCAAGAACAACUUGAGCCACUGCUCAAUGAAGGAGAAAGGAGCUGCAGAGGUUUCCAAUUCAGCAAAGUACAUUUACUACUGCAUACGCUUCAUAUGUGGAUUCCUAUUGCCCUUCCUGGUGAUUUUUUGCUGCUACAUACUAGCUGCUAUUGGGAUACGGAGAACACAGUUCUCUGGCAAAUCAAGGCCUCUCCGGAUACUUGCCUUAUUGGUCUGCGCCUUUUUCCUGUGCUGGGCCCCCUACCAUUGCCUUGGGCUCGUCAAGUUGGUGAAUAAAGACAGCGAGGCAGUAAAAGUGGGCUGGGAUAUGGUAUCAAAAUUAGCUUAUUUCAACAGCUGUGUGAAUCCAGUGCUGUAUUUUUGCAUGGGACUGGAUAUGAGGUGUCGCUGCAACCAAAGCCUGUCAGGAAUUUGUCAAAGAGCACUAAUGGAGGCAGGCCAUGCUCUGCAAUCCCAGGAAGGCACUGCAGAAGAAAGCUGUAGUUCCAUUCCAAAGACUACAGGCACAGUUCAUAGUACAUCUGAGUACAUGACUAAAGUUUAGUAGAGGUUUGAGUGAAGGUACUGUAAGUUGUCAUGUGUUCUUGUCAGUUCCAUCAGCUUACUCUGCAUAUCUUUAUCUGAUGUUGCUAUCAUUUCCUUCAGAGUUUUCAGAAGAUAUUUUCAUGAAAUUUAUCUUAUCGAAUACAUCAUGUUCUGUAGUCUGCUGUUUCAAAUUAUACAAAAAUUCGAACUAUUGUUUAUACUUUGGGGGGAAUAAACAGUCACUGUCAGUAUUGCCCCUCCAAAAAUGCCAAAGAGGGUGAACUACAGAGUAAAUAUUGCCUCUAUACAGUAAAUACUUUUUUUAAAAAUCUCGAAUAUUGAAUAAAUGACUCACAUACAUGAGAAUGCCCUAGAUAUUAAGCUGAUGUCUUGCUUUUAUUGUCUUGUUUUGGAUGGAUGAGUUAUAUCAGUGGAUAUUAACUUCUCUAAAAAAUAAACAACUUUAAAAAGUGUAUUCCAUGUCAUUAAAAGUAAAUGUUGUUUAUUGUUUUUUGUUAGACAUGUUGCAUUGGCAUGUUAAUGCAUCUAAAACAUAAAUAAUCUUUAAUUUCAUUUGUAAGUUUUCCCAUGACUGUAAUCAAAAUACUGUAUAAUACCAGUAAAUACAAGUUUGUGUUUUUUAUAUUGAGAAAAGGUAGUAGCUUUAAAUUAUUUUGCAAAGUAUCAUGUGCUAGUGAAACUAACGCCUAAAGAGGAAAUGAAUUGCAUUUUUCAUCACAGAAUAGAAGCCACAUAUUUUGCACUUGCAUUAAAAAAAAAACUAAAAAAACAUUUUGUCACUGGGUAAACACACACACACACACACACACACACCAUAUUUUUCCACUUUUGACUUAACAUAAUUAUGCAACAGAGAUACCACAAGCGAUGUAGACCUCACAAUGAAAAAAAAGAAACUAACAGUUCCAGUGAAGCUGUAAUACUAAAGAUGGAACCAUCUGCAAAAGAGUAAUAUGAACCAAGGUCUAAAAAUUUGAUAAAUAGGAUGUAUUUACUAGAUUGCUUAGGAAAUAUACUAUAUUGCUUAGGGGUCAGAGUCAUUUCACAGGAAAUUAUAUGAUAUGAUGUGGAAUUUUAUUGAAAGGUUUAUGAAAAGGUUUUUUCAGAAAAGUUCUGAAACACUGAACAAUUAGAUAUUAAAAAUUUUUACUGUAUUUUAAGGCUACUGAAUCAUUGAUAAUUCAGUGCGUUUUUGCAUUGAAGCGUCAUAAAGCAUCGAACUGUAUUGCUUUCAAUCUCACAUAAAAAGGUUUUUCUAGGCACAAAAUCUUUCAUCUGCAGUUUUUGUUAUUUAGUCAGCAAGUUUAAGACCAAGCUUUACCUUGUUUUAUUAAGUCAACAAAGCAGUGGCAUCGUCUUAGCAAAACUAAGCAUCAUUCAGUUAUUGAUAUAAACUGUUUCUCGUAGUUGGCAUGCCAAAUCAAUAUUUAAAUUAAUUCACUAAUAUCCUAUACAUUUAUCCAUUCAGCCACUCUAAGAAGGAAAAAGGUUGAAUGAUACAUUUUUUCUGCAUUAUUAUGUCUCACUACCCAGCAGCACAAUUAACUCUUAAACGCAUACCUUGGAUUUUUAGUGACCCGGACAUCAUUUUACCCCCUUUACCUCAUCCAUUUUUUUGGAGUUGUGCCCACACCUCUUUAGUAUUCCACAAUCUUUCUCUUAUAAAUAGUGUAACACAAAAAUAUAUAUGUAUAUAUACUGUAUAUACAGGUAUAUACAGUAUGUGUAAAUAUAUAUAUAAUAAAAAAAAAAAAAAUUUAAAUGGCUUGAGUACCACAAGUGUAUAGGGUCAUUAGAGACCCUAGGUAUGUAAUAGUGUCAUUUUUCUUCUUUUUUUUUCCAAAGAUUAUAUUUUUAGGAUUAUUUCAUAUCUAUAUAAAUUUACUAUCACAAGAUAUCUAUUUAUUUGUUUAUUAAAAGAGAAAUGAGUACUAUAUUCAUACAAAUAAAUGCUAUGUAUAUCACGUUGAUUUUCUGUUUAACAGUGGUGAAUUAUUAGUAUUCCAUAUGCGUAUACACACAAACUGUAUUAUACAUGUUAUUUGUUACUCAAGUUGGCGCUGAUGUUUCAGUGAUUUACUUGAUUUACAUUUAACAUUGCAAUUUGAUGAAGAAACAACGUGGAAGUAAACUAGCAUACAACACAAGAACAGUAUGAUAUGACUAUUGUCAUUUUGGGUGUACUACUGAAAUUCUGUAAGUUAUAAAUCUAUUUAGACUCAAAAAGUGCCUGAGAAAAUACUAAUGUGUAGCUUAUGUGCAUCUUAUGUGUUACUGUAUGUAUAGCUCAAUAUGUGUUUGACAGCCAGUUGCGUCUCUUGAAAUUUCAGUGUGAAAUUAACGAAUCCUGUUCUAGAUUUGUCCUGAUUUGUUGCAUUAUCUCUUUGAAAAAUUUAAAAUAAAACAUAAAAACAUAUUUUAUUCUAUUAUUUUGUAAUUGUCUUGAAAAUAUUUUGAAAAUAUCUGGGCAUUUUGUAGAUCCAUUUUUGAUACAUAUAUAUAUGUGUGCCGAGUCUCUAAAGACCCAAAUAUGUAGGAGUAUUUUGUGAAAUUCCCAUGCAUUUAAGGGUUAAGCAUUAAGAAAGUCAUGCUGGCACUCUUUCAGAUAUUAAGGGCAAUGCCAAUUUCUCAAAUCCCAUUUACUGUAUAUCAAGGAGGAUCUUACUUAACUGCAGUCACAUUUUCCAGUCUCCUGACACCAUAACCUUUAUACAAGAAAAAUGAUUGCAUGAUACAUAAAUACAAUAUAAACAAAUUCAGUAUUCAGACCUGGGUACCAUACAACGUCAUCCCCUCUCCCCACCCCCCAAAUGACAUACUACAAAGAGGGAAGAUAAAAGCAACUGCAAGUGAUAUCAAUAACCUUUUCAUGAGUAGGGUCUACAUUUUUUAUGACAAGAAGAAAAAAAAAAGAAAAAAAAUACCUACACUCAAGUAAGGUGGGCAGAGUGUAAAGGAUAAUUUUGUUAUUUAAAUUUUUUAUUUCUUGUCAUAAAAACAGAAAAUACUGUAUUUAAUAUUGUAAACAUGUGAACAAAUGGAUUAUGACUGCUGUACUGUUUUUGUUUUAUUUUAUUUCUUUUUUAUAUAUGUAAAAAAACGAAUGUACAAAUAAUAUCAGCAGUCCGGUUUGCCUAUAUGCACUGUUUGACUUCUCAGACAUGUGUGUGUGUGUGUGUGUGUGUGAGAGAGAGAGAAGCGCAAAUGUAUCCUAUUAUAGUGGUGCUUUUAUGAUAGUUUGGCUGUCUGUUUCAGAAAACAACUGUAUUAUAUGCCUGAAAAGACUGUUUGAGUUGCUGUUUGUGUGAAUGAAAACCGCAUCUGCACCUAAUAAGUAGAAAUGGCUGCAUGCAUGGGAAGAUCGUGUUUAGAUAUGAUGGCUGUGCAUAUACAAGCUGUGAACUGUUAUUGUGGUACUUUGG